GAUAAAGUGAUGGCUUCCGUAUCCGAGGGAUUCGUAAUCGGGAAAGAUCUGUAUUAUUUCGGCAGGGCCGUCUGUGACGUCACACAUAAAGGCCGAUCAGGAAGCUAAUACGGUGUAUUCUAGAUAAAAGAAAAGUUGGGCUUUGAGAAAACUAGAUAAAAGAAAAUCUGUAGUAUAUGAUAAAAUUGGGCUUUGAUAUUGGUGGGCCGACAGGCCAUAGGCCCGAUCAUGAAGCUCGCAGUUUACUUAAACCCUAAUUUCAAACCCUACUUCCAAAACCCUCCCUCCUCUUCCUCACACUCACAACACUUACGACAUGAGGCCUCCCAGGGGACGCGGCGGCGGAGGCUUUAGGGGUGGCCGAGACGGCGGCGGACGUGGCGGCCGUUUCGGUGGUGGCGGCCGUUUCGGCGGUGGCGGAGGUCGUUUUGGUCCUCGCGACGAAGGCCCUCCUUCUGAAGUCGUCGAGAUUUCGACAUUUGUUCAUGCUUGUGAGGGCGAUGCGGUGACGAAGCUGUCUCACGAGAAAAUACCUUACUUCAAUGCCCCAAUUUACCUUGAGAACAAGACCCAGAUUGGCAAAGUAGAUGAAAUCUUUGGUCCCAUCAAUGAGUCUUUCUUUUCGAUUAAGAUGAUGGAGGGCAUUGUGGCAACGUCUUACUCCGCCGGUGAUAAAUUCUUCAUUGAUCCAGCUAAGCUUUUGCCUCUUGCAAGAUUUCUUCCCCAGCCUAAGGGACAAGGGCAAUCUGCUAGAGGUGGAGGACGUGGGGGAGGAAGAGGUGGUGGAAGAGGAGGAUUCCGUGGUGGCGGUGGUGGAGGAUUCCGGGGAAGGGGUGCACCUAGAGGUGGUAGAAGUGGAUUUAGGGGUGGUGGUCGUGGUAGCGGUGGUUUCAGGGGCAGAGGAAGAUCAUAGGAGUGCUGCUUCAUAAUUUUCCUAUCAAUCAACAAGCAUGCCAUGCAGUUCACUAUUACUAGUAGUAUAGCUUAUUGUUUGGUUAUGUAUCUUCUAUGUGGAAUGGAAUAGGGUGGUUUUAUUUAUCUCGAGGUUUUGUACUCAAACGAAUCUUUACCUUUUAUUACAACUUUGUGUUUUGUUUCCCUCUUCCAA